AUGCAGAUGGAGGAGCUAAAACUAGCUGACCAAAACGGAAAUUACACCACCACUUGGAAAAUCAUCCACACCCUCUCCGGGAAGAACUCCAAGCUAAAGGUCAAGGUUAAGAAGAGGGACGGAUCAGCCCCUGCUAGCGACCAAGAGUUGCUCGAGGAGUGGAAGGAUUACUUCAGCUCACUUCUAAAUAAUCCUGGUCUAUCAACACCACAAUUACCACCACCAGCUGCUGAGGACCUGCCUAUCUUCAUUGACCCCCCCCCCCCUACACGUGAAGAGACAGCUGAAGCUAUAGCAGCCAUGAAAGUAAACAAGGCAGCAGCACUGGACUGCGCUAUCACAGCAGAAGCACUGCAGGGAGGUGGCGUGAUACCAUCCAUGCCUUCUGUGCUGAAGUCUACACAACCCUAUCUUCACCACAUCAAGCCACGUCUGAGGAGCAACCAAGCCGGCUUCAGAUCAGGAUGUAGUUGUGCUCAGCAAAUACAUAUCCUGAGGAGGAUUAUGGAAGGUUUCAAGGAAUACCAACUCCCACUGACAGUCACUUUCAUUGACUUCAAGAAGGCCUUCGAUUCCAUUAACAGGACUGUUAUGUUUGCCGUUUUGCGACAUUACGGCAUCCCUGAGCCCUUGGUUAACGCCUUCCAAGUUCUGUACAACUCAAGCAGUGCAGUCAUGGUAGAUGGAAGUAUAUCAGAUCUAUUCCAAGUAUCAACUGGAGUUCUUCAGGGCGAUGUUCUCGCUCCCUUCCUAUUUAUCAUAAUUGUUGACUACCUUUUGAAGGCGGCUUCGUCAACCGAAGAUUCAGGAGUUGUGACUCACCCACAUCGAUCUAGGAGACAUCAAGCCAAGAUGUUGAAUGAUUUGGACUUUGCCGAUAUCAUUGCCCUACUAGAAUCAUCAACAUCUCGGGCCCAGUCACAGCUCUCCAGGACUGCUACAGCAGCUGCAGAUCUUGGUCUUACGAUCAGUGUCACCAAGACAGAAUACAUGAGCCAAAACUUGAAGUUUACGGCAGUCCCAUCAGCCAUGUGA